GAGCGACUGACAAGACAACAACAUCACAGCCGCCACUACUGCUUCUGUAUAUCUAUAUUUCCUCUUAAUAUGUGCGUCUCCUGCUGCCUCACCUACUGCCUAACCAUCCCAGGAUACUCCUGAUCCAGAGGUUCAUCUCAUCCUUCACGGUGCCGGCUCCUGGCUACCUCUCGUCCUGAGAAACACCACGUACUUCACUACUACCAUAUAUAAGAUUGCAUAUUGCAGUUUACAAAUAUGCCGAACGAAGGAGUAAAUGAGAACAUUGCAGGUGAAGCAUCGUCACUCACAAAGGAAGUUAAUAAAGAUAACAUUAACAGUAAAACCACAGAAAACAUGGAGAAUGGAAGCAAAUUACUGAAAGAUGACAGUAUAAUCCAGAGUGUACCAGAAAACCCCAGUGGUCUUCCAUCACUUGAUGAUGUAAUUGUACUUGAUGCCACAGGUGAAGCCAGUGGAAACAAAAUAGAAGAAAGCUCAGAUGAUUGCAUAUUGCAGUUUACAAAUAUAUCGAAUGAAGGAAUAAGUGAGAACGUUGGAGGUGAAGCAUCAUCACUAACAGAGGAAGUUACUAAAGACAACAUUUGCAGCAAAACCACAGAAAACAUAGAGAAUGGAAGCAAAUUACUGAAAGAUGACAGUAUAAUCCAGAGUGUACCAGAAAAUCCCAGUGGUCUUCCAUCACUCGAUGAUGUAAUUGUACUUGAUGGCACAGGUGAAGCCAGUGGAAGUGGAAUAGAAGAAAGUUCAGAUGAUUGCAUAUUGCAGUUUACAAAUAAGCCAAAUGAAGGAGUAAAUGAGAACAUUGGAGGUGAAGUAUUGUCACUCACACAGGGUGUUACUAAAGACAACAUUAACAGCAAAACCACAGAAACCAUAGAGAAUGCCAGCAAAUUACUGAAAGAUGAGAGCAUAAUCCAGAGUGUACCAGAAAACCCCAGUGAUCUUCCAUCAAUUGAUGAUGUAAUUGUACUUGAUGCCACAGGUGAAGCCAGUGAAAGUGUAAUAGAAGACAGCUCGUAUGAAGUUGCAAUGCCAGAGGGAGUGUGUCUAGACAUAGAUGGGGAUGAAACCAAUAUUACUGUGAAGACGGCAUUUGAGUCUCAAGCACCUGUGGAUAUAACACCUUCUUAUGAAACAGACUUUUCUGGUGUGCUUAAUGACAUUGAGUACAGCAUGAUAACCGGCAAGAGAAUCAACGAUGCACGACCAAAGAAGCGAUGCUUUAACUGUUUGGCUGAUCACAACUUAUCAGAAUGUCCAGACCCGCUAGACCAUGGGAAAAUUUCCGCAAACCGGAGAAAGCACAUGACUACUCGAGGAUCUAACGUGAGAUAUCAUGAAGACAGUGAAAAUAAAUUUGGACACUUCCAGCCUGGGAAGCUUAGUGAAGGUCUUCGACAUGCUUUAGGACUUAAACCACACCAGUUACCUCUAUAUAUCUAUCGAAUGCGUGUUUUAGGGUAUCCACCUGGGUGGCUUUUGGAUGCUGAGGUUCACCAAGCAGAUGUGAAAAUGUAUGAUGCUUCUGGGGAGAGUGUUUCUCAUCCAGAUACAGAGGAAGGUGAAGAAUCCACAACAGUCAAAUAUAAACCAGAGAGCCUUGUUAGUUAUCCUGGCUUCAAUGAUUCAGUUCCUCGUGGUGUAAAAGAUGAAUGGCAGCAGUACAAUUUCCCACCAAUGCAACCUAUCCACCAAAGAAGUGAAUUUUUGAGAUACAUGAACAUGAACAAGGCUGAGGCAUAUAAGAAGAAGAAACUUAAGGGCUCUGAACUAAGGAGUAAAAGCCUUAAUGAUAGUAUAGCUUCCGGGGCAGAGAUGGAAGUUGAUGAAAGUGGAAUUGCCAGAUCAACAGAGAUAGAGUUCAACCCACCCCUGCCUCUGGAGCCCUUGCCACCACCUCCCCCACUGGAUGUGCCACCACUACCACCACUUCCAAAGAAAGUUAUAGAUAUAGAGGAGGGAGAAAUCAGUGAAGACUCACAAGCUUCUCUAGGUGACUUGGAAGUUAAAAGGCUCAAAAUACUGAAGGAACUGGAAGAUACAGCAGUGCAAAGUGCUGAUGGAGAUGUAGAAAAAAGUCAGAAGAUUAAAAAUAGUAAAGAUGUCCAUGCUGUUAAUGUUGAACAAGUGGGUGAAAUUUCAGAAGACAGCAGGCUCUCCAGCCAUUCUGUCAAUGAAUUAAGCCAGUCUGAAAAUUCCAGUAAUGACUUAAGUGAAAAUGAUUCCAAGCAGACUUAUCAUCAUCGAUCAAAUUCAAAGAGCUUCAAGUUAGGAGUUAUUAUUCCUGAGUCUUGUACACCUUAUAAAACUCUCCCAAGUGCAGAUAAAUGGACAGUUGAUGUGUCGGAUCAUAUUGUAUUUGAAAACUUGCCUGAUGCUCUGGGAACUUGGGAGAAGAUGAAGGGAAUCAUGAGCAUUGUAAAGAAACGAAUGAGCGACUUACAUGCUGAUGAUGAUGAAUAAGAUAAAUAAAAUUUUUAAUAAAAGAACUGACUACCUAUGACUGAAGAAAUCUAUUAUCAUAAUCUGGAGAAACUUUCAUUGUACUAUAGUGUAAUUAGAGUUUGGCCCUUUAAAAGAUUAUGAGUAAUAUUUCAUGGGUAAUACAAAAGAUAUUUUAGGACAGCAAUGAUGAUGCAAUAAGCAAAAAAAAUUUUUUUUUUAAUUCCCAAUAUAAGUUUAGAUAACAAGGUGUAGAGUUGAUUAGUGCCAUGUCAACCACAAUCCAGAUAAUAUCUUUCCAAGAAUUUGCUUUUGUGCUAAGGAAGUUUGAUAAUUAUAUAGCAUCCUGGGAUAGCUAUUUAUUAAAGUGUUUAGAAAAAGUAAUUUUUUAGUCUGCAUUGAAGAAAUACCUCUUAAUAAUUUUUACAUAUGUCAUCAGCAUUAAUAUUAAAAGGUAUUUACUGAAGAAAAUUGAGAGCGUGUCUGUCUGGCACUCGGAGGAUCAAGCCUCCACCACAUCUUACACUGAAACGCAUGGGUUUAGCACUUAAAAUGAAGUAAACAAACUAAGUUUACUGAAGAAAACAAGAAAGCUAAAAUAAUUGGAAAUUUGAAUUGUGCAAUAUUGCAUUUACAAGUACAAGAUUGUAAUCAGAUUUUUUAUACAUAGCUAUCUAUCAACUCCAGCAAUGUGUUGCAAGAUUAUAAUUUGUCUACAUUAGAUAAUAAAAGUUUAGGAAAUUUAUUUGACUCUUCUGUUGUAGUAAUCAUGUAAUGAUGGGCAACAUAGAACCAACUUUUUUAAAUAUAUGCAAAAAAUAUUUUUUA